GAUUCCAUUCUGCAUACCAUCAGUGUAUGUGACCAAAAUAGUCGAGUGUGGCUCAUUCGACAUGGACUAAAGGAAACCUCGUGGCGGAUCAUCUUGUGGUAUAAAUAAGUUUUUGCUCCCUUACGCUCCAAUUAUAUACUUAUACCGCGUACCUUCACGACCUGGUCGCGAUUUCGAAGUUGCUAUGAGCUUUCAACUGCUAAAUAUUGAUCAAAGAGAACACGCCGGCAUUGGGGGCAAAUUCCGCGAGAACGCUGCAGAUGACUCCUUUAGUAGUGCUAUUUCAUACUUGGUGAAACCUACAGGGUACAAAAUAAGGCCUCUGAACCUGAUGACGGAAUCUCACCAGCUCUCGUACGACAGAAGAAAGAAGAAGAAAUUGAAUUCUGAUCCUCUUCCUUUCAGGAACACGUUAGGCCGACUUGAGGAAUUCCCAGAUGAAAUCCUCUGUAUCAUCUUUAACAAUAUUGACGCACUCGAAGACAUCAUUCGGUUCGGGCUUGGCAGUCGUUAUCUCUACGAUAUCGCAUAUGAUGUGAUACAUCGACGUUACGUGGACUGUCUGUCGUCAUGGGCAGGCUGUCGUCUCAUUUGUCUCGGAGGAUACACCAACUUCGACGACCUUCCUCCUGAAGUAUUCACUCUAGACGAGAUCGACAAUAUUCAGCGACAUCACGACAUGGAUGUGAACGACGAAGUGGGGAUGGAUCCAUAUCGCUAUUUCACGACAAACCGACAGACACUAGUACCUUCCAAACCAUUCAUCCCAAAGGAAUUCUUCCAUGAACUGCUUUCUCCAAGCGAAUCCAAUGUCAGUAGCGAAUACCUAGAGAGACUAUAUCGUCAUUUCGAGGAGCUCCGUUUCUCCGAUGAUACUUUGACAUAUACUACUGACCAACCAUGGGUUCUCUGUAAUCUCUCAAAGAACGAAUACAUCCGCAUGGACGCCGUGGACAAUUUCUACGACUGCGACGAAAGGAACCCAUUAGCUCAAACGUGCAGCGUUUUCUCAACCAUCGCCGUCCUGUUGCCCCGGAUAUGCUGGAUUUCUAACGGCGGUAAAGGAAUCGAGGGUUGCUGCAAUGAAUACUACAGGGGUAGUUGGGCUGGCGAUUGUUUCGAGAUCACAACUCUAAAUCGCCUGAGACCCGCAAAGGAAGAAAGUGACUGGGUCGAUGUCACUAAUGAUGCUAUCAACGACACUGUUAAAUUAUGGGAAUCUCUGUACGGUUCUUUGUGGAGGAAUAUGCUAUAAGGUGGAACGGACUAUUUUCAGUAUCGUUGUACAUAAGACUUAACUGCGGAAUGAACGCAUUUUGAGCUG